UAUAAGCGUAUUAAAAAAGACUGACAUGUUUUUAAAAUGAUCAAAUUUUAAAACGUGACAGCUGUUUGUAUAAUUAAGCACGGACAUCUUCCUAUAUAUACCUGUAUUUCUUCUUCUGUUCUAUCAAAACUCCAUCGUCCGAAAUGAAGACAGCAUUCCCAGUGCUGGCUGUGUUGUGUGGAUUUCUAGCAACAGAAUAUUUGCACCAGGUUGGUGCAGAGACUAAUGAAAUUGCGGAGAGUAAUUUUGGUCAACUGAGACAUAGACGCGCGGUCCUUAGUAAUCCUGGUGGAACACCUGUUGUCAUUGGAGAGGAACCCAUUGUUGCACCCGGCCCAGUUGUACCCGGUCCCGAGACUACUACCAAAAAACCUGUUAAAAAAACAAAGAAACCCAAGAGACCUAAACAGCACAAACCGGGAAAGAGACCAAAGAAAUCCAAGGGAGCAAAGAAAGAUAAGAAAAACAAGGGUCCUAAAGCACCAAAGAAGGAUAAGAAAAACAAAGGAUCGAAAGGUCAAAAGAAGGAUAAGAAAGCAAAUGGCUCAAAGAAAUCAAACAAGGGUAAAAAGGCCAAGGACGCUAAACCUGCUGGACCUUAAACCCGAAUUAGGAAAAUCUUGAAAGGACAACAUUUAACUUGAGGUGUGAAAGUGACUGUUUUAAAAUGACAGCGAAGGACAAUCGCUUUUGGUCGAGGAUAUUGUAUAUACGUUGUUAGUAUUUUACAUUGAUAUGAAUUAUUAUUUUUAUUAAAAGUUGAAAAAUAUU